UCAGCUCAUGCGCUACUUCCUGGAUGGCGGAACGGAAAGCUUCCAGAGCCGCUCCAACUCUUGUCUCUGUGUUUUCAGCCUGAUGCAUGGACUACAGCUCCUCUAACAUCUCUCUCUUAAUCCACUGUCCCCUUGCCAUGCUUCUCUUCUGGACUACGAGCUCAGCCAUCUGAAAAAGAGAAGGAGAGAGAGAGAAAGAGAGAUAGAAAAAAACUGUUUCCUUUGCCUCGGUCGAACUUCAAAAGAAUAGAAAAAAAAAAAUCUUUCCAAAGGACUUCCUAAAGGAGGCGGCCGAAAUACAUUAAAGCGCGUCCAGUGCGUUUGCAUUGCUUGUUUGUGGGAGUUUUUGUGUUCACCAGGAGGAUAACUCUGUCAACAGUUGCCUUAUUCCAGAUCUCCAUGUAUACAGUGUGACAUGCGGAGGCUACUGCGACCGCGCUGCUGCUGCUGGUGGAUCCCGCCUCUGCUUUUCUCCUCGCUCGUGCUCCGCUGGGCACACUGUCAUCCCGCAUUGGCUGAAGGGAACAAAGCGGAGCAUCAUGACCGGUCAAUUGGUGACAGGCAUCGCAGAGCGGCUGAAGAGUCCUACUGGGCCUACUCAGGGACGUACGGACCAGAUACAGGUUGGGCGGCAGCUUUUCCUGAGUGUCAGGAGAGAAACCAAUCACCAAUCAAUAUCGCCGACCAAGACACUAAGGUCUCGAUGGAGUACCAAGAACUCACGCUGGACGGGUUUGAUGCAGAGUCAUCCAACAAGACAUCAAUGAAGAAUACAGGCAAAACCGUGGCGAUCUUCCUUAAGGACGAAUAUUUUGUGAGAGGAGCCGGGCUACCAGGCCGCUUCAAAGCCGAGAAGGUUGAGUUCCACUGGGGCCAGAGCAAUGGUUCAGACGGCUCCGAGCACAGCAUCAAUGGCAGGAGAUUCCCUGUGGAGAUGCAGAUCUUCAUGUAUAACUCAGACGACUUUGACAGUCUUAACACAGCCAUACGGGAGAAGCGAGUAAUCGCGGCCAUGGCUGUCUUCUUUCAGGUGGGGAUGAAGGACAAUCCUGCAGUUGAUCCGAUUAUUCAUGGACUAAGAGGAGUGGUUCAUCACGAAAAAGAGACAUUUCUAGAGCCCUUCGUACUCCGAGACUUGUUGCCGUCCUCAAUCGGAAGCUACUACCGUUACAUCGGCUCUUUGACCACGCCGCCCUGCAGUAAAGUGGUGGAGUGGAUCGUCUUCAGUCGGCCCGUGUUCCUCUCCUACAAACAGCUGGAAGCGUUCUACUCCAUCUUCACCACAGAACAGCAGGAUCAUGUUAAAUCCGUGGAAUAUCUGCGGAACAACUUCCGCCCACUCCAGAGUCUGGACAACCGAGAGGUCUUCAAAUCCGCUGUCAAAGACGCUUGGCUGCCUGACUUGACUGACAGCCUGGGGAACCCGUACGGUACUGAUGCUUCUAAAGCAUGCAGCAGUGCCCCGAUCAACAUGAACGUCCAGCACAUGAACAAGACGGCGCUUUUCGUCCGAUGGUCCCGUCCGGAGAUCACCUACGAUCCGCCCAUCAUCAGCUACCACAUUUCCUACAGCUGGACCAGAAACGAUGAGUCAUAUGAGGAGACCUACGUCAAAGGGAGCGAUCAGAAACUGGAGGCCGUCAUCACCCCGGUGUCGCCGGAUGUGCUGUACCUGUUCCGCGUCCAGGCGGUGUGUUUGAACGACAAGCGCAGUGACUUCAGCCAGAGCAUGCUCUUCAGAGCCAACACCACCAGGAUAUUUGAAGGCACAAGAAUAGUCAAAACUGGGAUGCCAACUGUGUCCCCAGCAUCCUCGGCAGACAUGGCACCCAUCAGCUCCGGCUCCUCCACUUGGACUUCCUCUGGUCUUCCGUUCUCCUUCGUUUCAAUGGCCACCGGCAUCGGCCCCUCUUCCAGCGGCAGCCAAGCGACGGUGGCGUCUGUGGUGACCAGUACCCUCCUGGCGGGGUUGGGUUUCAGUGGUGGGGUCAUUUCCUCCUUCCCCAGCUCCGUCUGGCCCACCAGACCUCCGCCCUCCAGCCGCCAGACCCCAGCUAAACCCAUGGUGACCACCACAGAAGCGACCCCCUCACCGGCCUCCGACGCAGACACUACCACAGCCGCAGAGAACGACGGAUCGGACGACGGAGGAGAUAAGGGAGGGAAGGGUGAGGAUGAGGAUGCAGAAAAGAACGGAGAAGAAGAAGAGGAAGAGGAUGAGGAGAAGAGUGCCGACAGUAAAGACGCCAGAGUUCCAGACGAUGUUGAAAAACAGACGAACAGCACUGUGACAAAAGAUCCGCCCACAGCAGCACCGGAUUCAACGGCGAAAGAGAAAGGAGAAAACAGGAGGCCAGAAAACUCCACAGCGCCAUCUAGUGUCCCGGAGGAUCAUCUGGAGGACAACACACACACAUUAAGGGAAGAGGACACACAGGUGCUGCCAACCAGAGAUCCAGUGGGUGAUGAUAAUGUGACCGCAGUAAAAGAGACCCCAGACAUCACGGCUUAUACCAGCAAACCCAGCAGAGAAGACCGAAAACACAUGCCUCCUUUCUCUAUACUGACAGAGCGUACCGUAGUCUCCAGCAUGCACCCUGUGCCCGCUUCAGCCCGGAUGGAGUGGAUUAUUCCUCUGGUGGUGGUGUCGGCGCUCACCUUCCUCUGCCUCAUCCUGCUGCUGGCCGUCCUCGUUUACUGGAGGAUGAACAGCUUAUGUUCUCUGCUGUGCAUCAAGUACAGGAGGUGUUUCCAAACGGCUCAUUUCUACGUCGAAGACAGUAACUCGCCCAGAGUUGUGCCCAAUGAGAGCAUCCCAGUCAUCCCAAUCCCAGAUGAUAUGGAGGCCCUCCCUAUUAAACAGUUUAUCAAGCAUGUAUCAGGACUCUACUCCAACAACCAACACGGCUUCUCUGAAGAGUUUGAGGAAGUGCAGCGCUGCACAGCAGAUAUGAAGAUCACAUCAGAACACUCCAAUCAUCCUGACAACAAGCACAAAAACAGAUACAUCAACAUCAUAGCCUAUGACCACAGUCGAGUGAAGCUCAGGCCUCUGGCGGGAAAAGACUCCAAACACAGUGACUACAUCAAUGCCAACUAUGUGGAUGGCUACAAUAAACCCAAGGCCUACAUCGCAGCUCAGGGUCCUCUCAAGUCCACAUUCGAGGACUUCUGGCGGAUGGUUUGGGAACAAAACACCGGCAUUAUAGUCAUGAUCACUAACCUGGUGGAGAAAGGCAGAAGAAAAUGUGACCAGUACUGGCCGACAGAGAACAGCGAGGAAUAUGGUAAUAUCGUGGUGACUCUGAAGAGGACCAAAGUAAUGGCGUGCUACACACUCCGCAUCUUCACUAUCAGAAACACCAAAGUUAAGAAGGGACAGAAGGGUAACACUAAAGGGCGUCAGAGUGAAAGAACAGUUCUGCAGUAUCACUACACUCAGUGGCCGGAUAUGGGUGUCCCUGAAUACACGUUACCUGUGCUCACCUUUGUCAGGAAGUCCUCUGCCGCACAGACGCCAGAGAUGGGACCCAUGCUUGUACACUGCAGUGCUGGCGUGGGCAGGACAGGAACUUAUAUUGUGAUUGACAGCAUGCUACAGCAGCUGAAAGAUAAAGGCUCAGUCAAUGUGCUGGGUUUCCUCAAACAUAUCCGAACUCAGAGAAACUACCUGGUCCAAACGGAGGAGCAGUAUAUCUUCAUUCAUGAUGCCUUGAUGGAAGCCAUUCUUGGGAAGGAAACAGAGGUGCCCUCUAGUCAGCUGCACAGUUAUGUCAACAACAUCCUGACGCCAGGCACAGGGGGCAAAACACGACUGGAGAAGCAGUUCAAGCUGGUGACUCAGUGCAAUGCAAGAUUUGUGGAGUGCUUCAGUGCUCAAAAAGAAUGCAACAAGGAGAAGAACCGCAACUCUUCUGUUGUCCCAUCGGAAAGAGCACGUGUUGGUCUUGCACCGUUGCCUGGGAUGAAAGGCACUGAUUACAUCAAUGCAUCUUAUAUAAUGGGCUACUACCGGAGCAAUGAGUUCAUCAUUACCCAGCAUCCCUUGCCUCACACCACUAAAGAUUUCUGGAGGAUGAUCUGGGACCACAAUGCUCAAAUCAUCGUCAUGUUACCAGACAACCAGGGCCUGGCGGAGGAUGAGUUUGUGUAUUGGCCGAGUCGAGAGGAAGCCAUGAACUGUGAGGCGUUUACAGUCACUCUUAUCAGUAAAGACAGACUCUGCCUCUCCAGUGAGGAGCAAAUCAUCAUUCACGACUUCAUCCUGGAGGCCACACAGGAUGAUUACGUUUUAGAAGUUCGUCAUUUUCAGUGCCCAAAAUGGCCCAACCCUGACGCUCCCAUCAGCAGCACCUUUGAGCUCAUCAAUGUCAUCAAAGAAGAGGCCAUGACCAGAGAUGGACCCACUAUAGUGCAUGACGAGUUUGGCGCAGUGUCUGCUGGGAUGUUAUGUGCUCUCAGCACACUGUCCCAGCAGCUGGAGAGUGAAGGAGCUGUGGGGGUCUACCAGGUGGCCAAGAUGAUCAACCUCAUGAGACCAGGAGUCUUUACCGACAUUGAACAGUACCAGUACCUUUACAAAGCUAUGCUCAGCCUGAUAAGCACUAAAGAGAACGGAUCCAGCCACAUGUCCCUGGACAGAAACGGCAGCGUGGCCAUGUCUGACGAAUCGGACCCGGCCGAAAGCAUGGAGUCGCUCGUCUAAAGCCCCCUUCCCCCCCCCGAACAGGCGCGAAGAGGCACUUACUCGAACUUUGUAAAACUUCAAGGACUAAGACAGACUUUUCCUGAGGCCUUUUUUGCCAGAACUCUUGGUUAAAAGAAUAACCUGAUUACUUUUUUACACUGAUAAAAAGUUUUUGAUAUUUAUUUUUUUCGCCAUUUUAUGUCUUAAUGUUAUCCUACUGAACAUUUGCACCGACGUUUAUGAGUUCACAACAAACAAAACGAAAUGAAACACAGUUCUGUCUAGUUUGCACUAAGAAAAUAUCAGUGUUACUGCCUACUCCUCCAUCUCCACCACAAUCUCUCUCUCUGUCUCUCUCUCAAUCACUUAAACUCACGGUCAAGCCCUUAUUCUGACACUCCACAAGAAAGCUGCUCUCCCUAGUUUUAGAAAUGUCCUCCACAAGCGAAAAACAGUUUCCACGCACGCCUCAGACGCUGGAAAAAGAGAUUAUUCCCAUGUGCCACUUGCGAAGACCCACCACAAAAUCAGUCAGAUUCACGGAUGAAAGAGCUAUAUGGAUUAUGUUUGUUUUGUUUUGAUUCGCACCCUGAAUAGUAUAUCUACUCAUUAUGCUUCUAGUUAAACCCAUAUUUACUUUCAAAAGGUGAUAUUAAAACGGCUACUGUGAACUUU